UGGACUUCCAGCUGAAGUCAUUUAUGUUCUUACACUUCAGGAAGUUAUAAUGUAACGACGCAUCAUGAAGCAGUUCUGAGGGAUUUUUCUGACUAAUUGCAAGGAAAUACAGGCACAGAAAGUCAAUAAACAGAAGAGGCUGAGAAUGUGUUUAGAGUGUAGGAAGGCCCGUUCCCGUGCGGCGGCUCAAAGCAGACGGGAGAAAGAAAGCCAACUGUUCAGAGAGUUAGCAACCCUGCUACCUCUUUCCCCAUAUGAGGCAGAUCAGUUGGAUAAAGCCUCUGUCAUUAGAAUCACUAUCUCCUACCUGCACCUCAGAGCUUUGCUGGGGAUUUCUGACUCCACUGCAGUAGAAGCUAUGAUGCAUCCUGUUUCAGAAAGUAAGGUGGACCUGCCCGAAGAAAUUGAGAAGUGGUUUCUAGAUACACUUGAAGGAUUCCUGCUCUUAAUGUCAUUAUGUGGCAAGAUCAUCUUCAUCACAAAGGAUGUUGUCUCUCAUAUAGGAAUCAAACAGAUGGAUUUGAUUGGCCGGAGUUUGUUCGAUUUCAUUCAUCCCUCCGAUCACAAGGAGAUGAAAGAGAUUCUUACAAGGAUAAUAGGGAGUGAAGGCCAGCAGAAGUGUGAGGUUUUCGUCCGAAUCAAAGGUGCAGUCAAAAACAUGCUGACUCCCUGGCAGGUGAUUUACUGCACUGGAAACAAAACAUCAUCUUCUAUUCCAGGAUCCAGCUAUCUGCUUCUCCUGUGCAGAUCAUUACCUGUGCAAGAAGUCAUUGAGAUGGAGGCUCAUCUAAAUUUCAAAACAUUCCUGAGCAUCCAUGAGCCUGACAUGAAGUUCACAUACUGUCACUCUGGGGUCUUGGAGUUGACUGGCUUUAGUGACGUUGAGCUGUAUGGUCAGUCUGUGUACCAGUACUAUCAUCCAUCUGAUUGUCAGCAUGUCUUCAAUGCACACCUCUGCUUGUUCUCAAAAGGCCAGGUGUACACUGGGAAAUAUCGGCUCCUACAGAAGCACGGUGGCUACGUUUGGGUAGAGACGGACGCUGCGGUUGUGUACAACGUUCACACGGGGAAGCCAGAGAAAAUUGUAUGCAUCAACUAUAUUAUAAGUGGAGUGGAGCACCCAAAUGUGGUGUUUUCAUUGGAGCAGAAAAAGUCCCUGCUGAAUGCCUUCCAUGUACCAUACACUACAAUGAGACGUAAUGAGACCGAUCAGGCAACAUCUACAACCACCGACAAGGACUCCAGCUUUGUGGACUUUCCUUCUGAGAGAGGCGAACCAACCAACAGUACUGAGAUUUUGUGCAGGACUGCUUUGUAUGGGUCACAUUCCAACGAAAUGUGUGAGCUGGAUUUGGAUAGUCUAGCCCCAUACAUCCCCACACAUGAGGAGGACUUCCAUUUAACUCCUAUUUUAGAUGGAGUAGGAAAUGAUUCGGUAUUAAAGAGAAACCCGCCCUCUCUCAGGGAGACAUGGUUAACUCUGGAACAAAAACUGCCUACAGAUUCAGAAGCAGUCUGUUUCCACAGGCUGAACACGAACAAGAACUCUACGCUUAUUUCACCAAGCCAGUGGCAUGACAGCACACACAUAACGAACACAAAACAACAGACCAAUCACCGGAUAGAUGCCUCUCAACAUCUAACUAAAACUUUCUCAGAAAACUUUGACGGAACAGCCUGGACUUGUCACGCCAGGUUGUCAUGGUGUCGUCCGGGAUCUUCACCACAACAUAGCAACCACAACACAGAGGGAAAAAAGCCCUCUGUGUUAGUUAACUUGCCUGUACUGAGCAGGUGGGAAUGUGAAGUGAACGCGCCUCUUGGUCCUACUUCACAUUUACUUCAAGGGACUGAACUCACCAAUGUUCUGGAUCAGGUUGCUUCAGGAGUGUCCUGGUACUAAAGAAGGCCUUACGAAAUGUUUAAAAUUGAUGUGUUUAGAGCCAGAGGUGUUACAUUUCAACAUUACAGUUACAUUAAGGGUAAUUCCACAAUUGAGGUUCAAUUAGUGUCUUGCUUAAUAUUCCAUUACUAAAUCCGGAUUUAAAUUUAAAACAGAAUUCAGACAUACAACUUACAACAUUACUAAUACCCGUAUCUAGAACGCUUUUUUUUCCCUGCCUGUCCCAGCCCAUUAUAAUUACAUUUUACCUAGAAAUUAGUGUGAUUUCUGCUUAUCCUUUAUGAGUUAUAGGAUAUAGUGCUUACAUUAUAAGAUAGGAAGCACAUACAGUACGACUCCAUUACAUGAGCACAUUUAUCCCUGUGAAAUAGCUGGAAUAUUCCCCAUGUCAACAGGAAGUGGGAAUUUCCUGAAGAUCAUGGGAAGAAGAAUACAGUCGUUUCGUUCUUUUUCGGUAAUUGCGACAUUGACAAGAUUUUUUAAAAGUAAAACCUUCAUAUUGAAGUUAAAUCACUGAAGAA